GUUUGUUUACGCGAUGGUCCGGAAGAAGCGACGAGCUGCGUGUGGAUGAGUGUAGCCGGCUUCGCGGCCGACAUGUGCUUUCCCUGUAGUAAGCGUCGUAAUUUUAUAUCGGGAAUAAAAUAGUAACCGACGAACUGGGUCAUGUGUUCUCAACUCAUUGGCGUGCAUCUUGUGGGUGAGGUUGACCUGAAUCGAACCAACACGAGGAGCGACGUCGUCGGAGUUCUACGCUUACCAAAAGCCGACGCGUCACUCGUUGAAGUGAGGGGUCUCAUCUCCAGCGAACUUGCGGCGUUCCGUCACGACUUCGUGUUCCUCACCCAAGAAAAGAUCCCGGUAUGGAAACACCAAGAAAGAAACAUAACAGCCAGCGAUGUUCUAGGGGGGACCACAGCGUUGUUCAUCACGAGAAAUUUCGAGAAAUGGCGGAUCGGUGUGAAGAAAUCCGUUGGACCGGUGAUUGGCUUCAUAUUCGCGGACAGAAACAUUUCGCUCAACCAGUUUCGUUCUGAAAUCAAUGAACAGCUUUUAGAUGGAGAGUUUUCCUUCUGCGAUAGAAACGGCUGGCCCGUGAAGCAGGAGCAGGAGAAGGACCUGGCUGGAUGGGACGUUAUUUCUCAGGGAGUUGUGACAAUACAGCUACCUCAUAUCAAGCCACCCCUACCUUGCAAUAUAAAGGGGAGCAAGGACUGCAGGAAGAGGAAGAAAAACAGCACUGGAUUCACGCUUCAGGAUGACUCCAAGAAAGACAUUGUCAUCAGCUAUGCGCGCAGCGAAGCUGACGAACACGCCAGGAAGCUGAAGGAGUCAUUGGAGAGCCUAGGAGCUAAGGUGUUCUUGGACCAAGAUGACAUUGUACCCGGUGAUGAUUGGCAAAACCGACUGAACGACGCCAUCCAGAGCUGUACCAUUUUUGUGCCUCUGGUAACUGCGAGAUAUGGCAACACAACAUACACAAACAAAGAGGUGAAGCUGGCCGACUACAUUGGAAAAUUUGUCAUUCCCGUCAACUUUCUGAGGACGUGGCCCCCGAACCACCUUGCCAUACAGUUUGCAUCCAUACAGUACAUCGACUGGAGGAAACCCAGCGAGGUCCAGCAAGGUUCCCGCGAGAGCGACGGGGAGGAGGAAGAGAGCCUGAGGGUUUGGGAGAAGAGAUCGGUGGAACGCGUCGCGAGCGACAUCUUCUCCAGUCUGAGGCAGUGCAGGGAGGAAUUCCCCUACCCCCACUCCUUUUCGGAGAAAUCUGUGAUUGCACCUGCGGACAGUGGAACACCAAUGAUUUGUCCAGAUGGCCGGCCAUUUGUCAUCAUCAGUGCCCAUCCGCAAGAUAAGGAUUUCUGUGCCCGCCUGCAGUCCCUCCUGGAGCGCAACUGCUACGAGGCCUGGUGCUCGCUGGACGUGCUGACCUCCUCGUCGCAGAACGCUGGCGCGUCCAGCCCGAGCAGCUCGAACACGACUCCCACGACACCGAUGGCCGGCGUGCCGGUCUUCAGCUCGCAGGAGAGCCAGGGUCCGUUGGACGGAUGCUUCAGCCAGCCCGCACGGCCGCCCCCGCUCCUCAGAGUCCCGUCCUUCCAAUUUUCCUCUAGCAUGGACACUGUCGACAGUGACAGCAUGUCUGCGAAAGACAGCAACAGGAAGAACGAGUUUCGGAGGCAAGCGCAGAGGGCGGAGCUGGUGCUGCUCGUCUUGUCGGAGACCUACAUGCAGUCCAGGGCGUCCCAGCAGCAGGCAUGCUACUGUUUGCUCCGCAAGAAGGUGGUGGUUGUUUCAUGCACGGACAAAGAGGUGCCAGUCUCUCUGCAGAAGCGGUUGCAGUUUGCAUCGCACAUCGUCAAGUACGAGUCGGACAGCUGGGAAAGUCGGCUGCUGGAACAGAUGAAGAAAGUGCUGAAGCAGCCCGAGAAGCGGGUCUUUGAGACACUGACGGAGGACACCACGUUUCUGGAGGCGAAGCUGAGAUCGCAGCUUCCAGUGGCAGACUUCAAGGUGUAUGUGACGGGGGGCACCCGGGUCACGAGCAAGCGCUCCGAGAGCAUCUGCUGUGCCAUAGGCCAGGAGCUGGCACUGCUCAAGUUUGUGAGCCUGUGCACCUGCGGCUUCUAUGGCGUCGAAGAGCUGGUGGCCAGGAGUUUUAGCGAGGAGCGCUCCCUCACGGAGAAGCCCUGCCCGCGUGUCUUCCAUGUCGUGCCCGAGAGGGAUAAGAAGGACUGGAGUAAAAAAGCCUACCAGAGACCGGACGGAACCUUUGGUGGCAUCCCGCACGGCCAAGUGAAGAUUGUGGGCAGCUCAAUGGCCGAGCGUGACUCUGUGAUUGCGCGGGUGUUUCAGGUCUGCAUACUGGUUGAAGCCGAGUCGGUUGCAGCUGCUUGCUUGCUUGCAGGAGACGAGUGCACUGCGAGACGUGUGGGCGAGUUUGUAUGGAACGACAAGCCGGUCAUUCCCGUCUUCUGCACGGGAAAGGCUGCGGCGGGGGAGCACAACUCCUCCACGGGCGUCGACUCGACCACUCUGCGCUCCAUCUGUGAGAACCCGCCGCCUGGAGUGGACUGUAAUACAUGGUUCCUCCUCAAGAACAGCUCCUCGAGCCCCGAAGACAUUGGCAAGGCCGUCAGGAAAAUCGUCACAAACGUCUACCGGCAGACAAAGAAACGCCCCACCGAACUCCCCGAAGUUUUGAAGAAAGUUAGCAGACCGGGCUGACAUUGUACGUUUGAAUUGACGCAAGAUGUGAGAUGCGCACAAUUGGUUGAAGUUACUGCAAGUGAUGGUCGAAGCUGUGCGGUGGUGCCUGGCAAGCGUCCCUGGCCAUGUUUUCCAUUCCAUACUCAGACUGGCCCGGCAAGAAAGGAUGUGCUACAGGCCGGGCGGUUGAUUGUGGAAGCGCCGAAUUGGCAGACGGCGUUGCAGCCCAUGACGUCCGGAGUUUCCGUCGACCGACCGGUUGUAGACAGGGCUGCGGUACCGUGCCGCUGCUAGGAUUAUUGGGAUCGACGGCUUUAAUCGGCUGCGACAGGGAAUGAAAAAAGAAGUAGAAAACCAGUUGGAGACGUGCUCCAGAGGUUGUGUGUCGACUUGAAAUACUGCCAAGGAGUAACAAUCUGGAAGGGAGCACACGUUCCUGGCGAGGGGGUGUCUACGCGGACCUUCAAUCUGUGUUCGGGUACAUGCAGAGUUUAUUUUACAUUUCUAGGCCCGUUGAUUUGUGGCAUCGACUUUGUUAACUAUGCACAGGCACGUAUCGAUCAAUCUCGUGGCUGCACCAGAUACGGUUAGUUUCACCUCUUCCAUUUUUUAUGCAUUUCGAGGAUUGCUCAAAGUAUUAAUGCCCUUUUGCACAUGUUGAAUGUGAUGUACCCAUUCCUUUUUAUAUUGCAUACAUGCUUUGGGGUAUUUUGCUCAUCCUUUUAUUGUUUUGUUGACGUUUUCAUAUUGUGCGUUUACAGCAUCCAAAGUAUUUUAUUUUUAUUUAAUUUGUACGAGCGUAAGAGCUUGUUCAUUUAUCGUACGAUUGAUUUUAAUGAUUGUUUGCUCUGCCAGCAUUCAGUGACAGUGGCCAUGUUCUUUUUGUUGCGCAGAAGCGUUAAAACACUUGUAAAAUUGUGCGGCACAUUGUAUUUAGUAUUUAGACGAUGCAUUUCACUUCCGCCGAUUACCAUUGCACCUUGCUGUUAGGGUCUGAAUAAAAUAUGCAAUACCA